AUGGUACUUUGGUGGUGUAUACUUUUUGAUGCUCUUCCUAUCCGUGGCCUCCUUGCUAAGAGAAUUCAGGUUGAUGAGAUUUCUUGUCCUCUUUGUGGGGAAGGUGAGAAGUUGAUGGAGCAUCUCUUCCUCCAUUGUAAUUUUUCUUUCCACCUUUGGAGGUCAUCCCCUUGGGGGGUUAUGCCUAUCAUUGAAUCUGGUGCUCAUGUUUGGGAUUGGGUAAAAUUUCUUUGGAAUUUGAGGUCGAAAGGGGUGGAUACAGACAAAUUAUUUUUCUAUGCUUCGAUUGUGGUGGAAACGAUUUGGAAAGCUCGCAAUGACAAGGUACACAAUAAUUCUCUCGGUAACAUUCAACACUGUAUUGAUUCUAUCUCUACUUGUUACGUAGAUUAUGGGUCAUUUUUAUUUGCUCUGACGAUGGCUGUUGUGUCUCCUGUUUGGUCCCCUCCUCCAGAUGAUUGGGUCAAAAUCAUUUGUGACGUUAAAGUGGGCAGCUGUUCCAUGUGCGUGGUGACUUUAGCUAGGGAUCACACAGGGAUCGUUAUGUGGAUGAUUACCAACAUGCUUAAUUUCUCUAACCCACUUGUUGGAGAAGUUGCGGCAUGUCAGUUAGCUUUAGAGACGGCGGUUAUGAUGAAAUACCUUUUUGUUAUGAUUGAGAGUGACUCAAAAAUAGUUAUCAAUGCCCUGAAAGGAAAUUGUUCCAAUUGA